AUGCCCGGCUCGUCGCGUCUGCCCGUCAGUCUACGCGACACGUUCAAUGCGCGAAAGAGCACCGCCAACGGCCGGCUUGUUGCGCUGAACAUUGAUGUACUGCGCAACAUCGUCUUCACCCUCUUCCUCCUGCGCUGGACCCGCGUCCUCUUCUACCAGCUCAAGGGCCGCGGCAUCUUCGGCUCGCUGUCUGCCCUGUACAUCGCCGUCCGCCGCUACCUGUACGGCGUGUUUCUACGUCUCCCCGGCGUGCGCACAAAGGUCCAGACGCAGGUCUCGGAAACGCUGCUCAAGCUCGAACGCAAGCUCGUGCCCAGUGGCCCAGGCGUCGAGCGCAUCACCAGCCUGCCGACCGAGGGAUGGAGCGAAGAAGACGUGAGGAAGAAGUUGACCGAGUUGGCCGACAUGGCGCAUACGAGAUGGGAAGACGGGAGGGUCAGCGGCGCUGUGUACCAUGGCGGGGAAGAGUUGAUCCGCCUGCAGACGGAGGCGUUUGGCAAGUUUACCGUCGCGAACCCCAUUCAUCCGGAUGUGUUCCCCGGCGUGAGGAAGAUGGAGGCUGAGGUUGUUGCCAUGGUCCUUUCCCUAUUCAGCGCCCCCGAAGGCGCAGUCGGCGUCACAACAUCAGGCGGCACAGAGUCCAUCCUCAUGGCCUGUCUCUCUGCGCGCAACAAAGCGUACAACGAGCGUGGCGUAACGAAUCCUGAGAUGAUCCUCCCUGAAACUGCACAUACAGCAUUCCGCAAAGCAGGAGAGUACUUCAAGAUCAAGAUCCAUCUCGUCGACUGUAAGGCCCCGAGUUACAAGGUCCAUCUGUCUUCCGUUUCACGACUCAUCAACCCAAACACUGUCCUUCUCGUCGGCUCAGCGCCCAAUUUCCCCCACGGAAUCAUUGACGACAUCUCGGGGCUCAGCAAACUGGCGUACAAGAAGAAACUGCCCUUACACGUAGACUGCUGCCUAGGCUCUUUCAUCAUUCCCAUGCUCCCCAAAGCUGGAUUCGAGUUUGAGCCCUUUGAUUUCCGUCUCAAAGGCGUGACCAGCAUCUCGUGUGACACGCACAAGUACGGCUUUGCACCUAAAGGUAAUUCAACAGUACUAUACCGCUCUGAUGACUAUCGUAAGUACCAAUACUUCAUCUCGCCCGACUGGUCUGGUGGCGUCUAUGCCUCGCCUUCCAUUGCGGGGUCCCGCCCUGGCGCCUUGAUUGCAGGCUGCUGGGCGAGUCUUGUGAAGCAGGGCGAAAACGGGUAUAUCGACGCGUGUCACAAGAUCGUCGGCGGCAUGAAGAGGAUAGAAAGUGCUAUCCGCGAGAAGCCAGAGCUCGCAUCCGAUCUCAAAGUCAUCGGACGCCCCCUUGUCUCCGUCGUGUCUUUCCUAUCUAACACGCUUGACAUAUAUGACAUUGCAGACGGCAUGUCAGCGAAGGGAUGGCAUCUGAAUGCGUUGCAGAACCCGCCGGCUAUUCACGUCGCUGUCACGUUGCCAAUUGUCGCAGUGGUGGAUAAGUUGAUUGAGGAUCUAGUCGAGGUUACGGAGGAUGUGAGAGAGCAGGAACGGAAACGGAUCGCCGAGGGCAAGGGAGCAAAGGGCGCCGUGAAGGGAGAUACGGCUGCGUUGUAUGGAGUUGCGGGGAGCUUGCCGAACAAAAGUGUUGUCGUUGAUCUGGCAAAGGGAUUUUUGGACACAUUGUAUAAGGCAUGA